CCCGUAUUUACGUGAAAUAAUAUCAUCUAUGUAUUUUGGUCGGACAUGCACAAAACAUUAGCUGUGAUUGCCCUGAUAGGCAGUACCCUGGUAGGCCGACGUCGACGUCGUGGGGGCGCGGAUUUACUGGAUCUCAUGCGGAGUCCCAGCGGCAAUGUGCUGAGCCAGCUUCCCAAAAAGCUCGCGUCCCUCCUCGGGUGCGAAAGUGCCAGGCUUGAAUUGAAAUGGAUGAAAGAGUCCCUCAGGCCUUCGGACCACCCGUCCACACUCCAGAAGAUGGUGGAACGAAGGCUGCAAGGAGAACCGCUCCAAUACAUCUUGGGCACCACACCAUUUGGACCGCUAAGCCUCCUCUGCCGGCCACCCACCCUCAUACCCCGGCCAGAGACCGAAGACUGGACCCUUCGUCUCGCUAAUACCAUCUCUCCGAAGAGUAGUCGCCCACUCUCGGUACUGGAUCUCUGCACUGGUUCAGGCUGCAUACCUCUCCUUUUAUGUCAUCUCUGGCCACCAGGCAGCACUCGCGCUUUCGGCGUGGACAUUUCAAAGCAAGCAAUCAAGUUAGCGACCGAUAAUGCAGCACGGUGCAAUAUCCCCGCUCAUUCAGGCGCUGACAGCCUCUGCAACGUAUUCGUCCCCGUGCUUGGCGACUUCCGUGAUACUAAGUUCCUUAAGAAGUUGGGAGCUCCCUUUGAUGUCGUGACAGCUAAUCCGCCCUACAUACCGGAGCAAGAGUAUGACCAACUCUCCCCUUCCGUCAAGGAUUACGAGGACCCACGUGCUCUGCUCGGCGAUUUGCCUGAAUCACCAAUUCAGAAUGGCUUGUCUUUUUACCAUCUAAUUGCCCGUUUCCUGGCAGAGAAAGGCAUACUCCGAAACGGAGCUACGGUCGCCUUGGAAGUUGGAGAUAGACAAGCAGAAGCCGUCGAGAACAUCUUACACUGCUCCGCUGGCCUUAGACACACAGAGAUAUGGACGGACCCAUGGGGAAAGCAGCGGGUGGUCUUGGCACGCGUAUAACUUCAUUUGAUCGCAGACUUACUUAUACUUCAUCUCGCCAAUAUCUUCGGUGGUUUAAUAGACAAUGGCUUCAGACGGCCUGACUCUUUCUCACAUCUACCUUGGUUCUGAUGUUCUCGUCCGUGAUUGCAGCGUGGUUUGUUCUGUUGGCACACAAUGAAAACGAUAAGGAACUGUUAUACACCCCAUGAUGGCCCCUGCUAGUGUUACAAUGCCCGAGAGAUCUAAGAAAAAUUUGUUUUUGUGAAGUCGUAACCGUCUUUAGUGUCCAUCUCCCUCUCCGUGGACCUUCGCGGUCCGUUUUCUAAAGCCCGAACUUUACCUAGAUCUCCCCAUUUUCCCAAGCCUCAAGUAG